AUGUCUGCGGAAGUAGCUGCGAUGAACCCGACCCUCCCCGCGGUCUCCUCGUACUUUAUGCAGAAGGUCCACGAGCUCCGGGCGAGUGAGAAACGGCAGAUGGACAACUUCCAACGGCUGGAGGCGCAGCGGAAUGCCCUCAACCGGCGGGUCUGUCACCUCAAGGAGGAGGUUCAACUCCUCCAGGAGAGCGGCUCUGUCGUCGGGGACGUUGUGCGGGUGAUGGGAAAGGCUAAAGUCCUCGUGAAGGUCGGCAGUGGGCAGGGAAAGGUUGUCGUAGAGGUGGAGAAGAACAUCACUAUGUCGGAGCUCACGCCGAAUACGCGUGUGGCCCUGCGGAGCGGGUCCUCGGCGAUUCAUUACAUCCUCCCGACGAAGGUCGACCCGUUGAUCUCGCUGAUGAAGGUAGAAAAAGCAGGGAAAGAGUCGACCUACGACGAGAUCGGCGGGCUCGCGCGGCAGGUGAAGGAGAUUAAAGAGGUUAUCGAGUUGCCGGUGAAGCACCCGGAGCUGCUUGAGGCGCUCGGGAUUGCGCAGCCAAAAGGGGUCCUCCUCUAUGGGCCACCGGGGACGGGGAAGACGCUGCUUGCGCGCGCGGUUUCACACCACACGGAGUGCACGUUUAUCCGCGUUAGCGGGGCGGAGCUCGUCCAGAAGUACAUCGGUGAGGGCGCGCGGAUGGUCCGAGAGCUCUUUUUGAUGGCUCGCGAACAUAGCCCGUCGAUUAUUUUCAUGGAUGAGAUUGAUUCCAUCGGCUCCACACGGAUGGAGGCGGGCCCGCUCGGGGACAGCGAGGUACAGCGCACGAUGCUCGAACUGCUCAACCAGCUUGACGGCUUCGAGUCCACGCAGAAUAUCAAAGUCAUCAUGGCGACCAAUCGGAUAGACAUUCUCGACGAGGCCCUUCUUCGUCCUGGGCGAAUUGAUCGCAAGAUCGCUUUCCCUCCACCAGACGAGGCCGCGAGGUUGGAGAUUCUGCGGAUCCACUCGCGGAAGAUGAACCUCACGCGAAGUAUUAACCUCAAGGUGAUUGCGGAGAAGACGCCGAACUGCUCAGGUGCGGAGAUUAAGGCGGUCUGCACAGAGGCGGGGAUGUUCGCCUUGCGUGAACGACGUGUUCACAUCACGCAGGAGGAUUUCGAACUCGCAGUGGCUAAAGUGAUGCACAAGGAUCAGGAUAAGAAUAUAUCACUGAAGAAAAUGUGGAAAUAA